GCGAAAUCGAUAGACUCAAAUUACCGUAAAAUAUAUAUUUUUUAAAUAGAUAUUUUUACAGAGAGAGAAAAAAUGGCAAGAGAGAUAUAGAGCGAGAAGCAAGGCGCGGAGAGGCCGUCCGAAAACAAGAGAGAUAGAAAACACGCUGCAUUUUCUUCUUCUAAUUGCGCUUAAAGCUUUCCAUUUCUUUUUUGCUUCAGGCUCCCAAUUUCUAGGGCACAAUUCAAGAUUGAGAACCGCCUCGAUAAUCUAUAACGUAAUUACUGUGUUGUUUGACUGACAUUUCGGGUUCCUCUACAAAGGAAAUUGAUUUCUUAUAAUAUUUAUACACAGAGAGAGAAAGAUCGGAUUAUUUGGUUCCUCAAUCGUAUAUACGCCGGCCCGUGUACACAGAUCUUGCCGCUUGGAGCUACAAAUUGCAGCCCGAUUGAUCACAUUUGGUUUUGUUUGCAUUUUGUUUGAUUUUUUUUUUUUGUUUAUUUCUGUGAAUAUAUUUCGGAAAAUGAGCUGGGAAAUCCUUCUAGAGAGAAUCUAGGAGGGUUUGGAUUUUGGAUCUGAUCGGUGUUGUUGGGAGACGGCGAGAGCCUUUGGCUCUCGGAUGAGAGAGCUGUCUUGUUUUUUGUAUUUUUAUCAUCAUCUGUUGUGUUGGGUUGAAAUUUUGGUCUGUACAUGUUUGGCCAAUCAAGUGGAAGGAAAACGAUGAAAUGGGGAACAUUGCUUAAAGACUUGAAGGAAAAAGUUGGUCUUUCCCAGGCUCCGGCAGCUUCGGCAUCCACUCCGCCAUCGCCGCCCGUCAAAGAAAGCAGCAGCAGCAAUGCGAACGAUUUGUCGCCUUCCACCCCGGACUUUUGGUCAUCUCCGUCAAGAGACAAACAUGAAUUGGAACUGGAUUUCAAGAGAUACUGGGAAGAGUUCCGGUCAUCUAGUUCUGAAAAGGAUAAGGAGAGAGCCUUGAAUUGGACUGUAGAAAUAUUUUGUAGAUUAGAGAAGCAACACACAAACGUUGCGCAAUUAAUUUCAAUCUUGGUAGAGACACACAUUUUUUCUUUUGUUGUGGGGAGAGCAUUUGUAACAGAUAUAGAAAAGCUGAAGCUAAGCAGUAAAACAAGAUCUUUGGAAGCUGAGAAAGUUUUGUUGUUCUUCUCAGAAACUACAAAGCCAAUUGAUAAACAAUCGUUCCUUGAUUCUGGGAUUCUAUGCUGUCUCAUUCAUGUCUUAAAUGCUCUGCUUGCUCCUGAUGGGGGAAGUCAUUCCAAAAAGCCAAUAAACAAUAAAGACGUGCCAUCAGUUGAUGAAGCUAAUAGUGCUGAAUCCAGACCUGUUCGCCGGCUUGAGAUUGAAGGCAGUGUUGUGCAUAUCAUGAAAGCAUUGGCCAGUCAUCCGUCAGCUGCUCAAAGUUUGAUUGAGGAUGAUUCACUUCAGUUAUUAUUCCAAAUGGUUGCUAAUGGUUCUUUAGCAGUGUUCUCUCAAUAUAGGGAGGGUCUUGUUCCUUUGCAUGCCAUUCAGCUUCACAGACAUGCCAUGCAGGUUCUUGGUCUUCUUUUGGGAAAUGACACUGGUUGCACUGCCAAGUACAUACACAAGCAUCAACUGAUAAAAGUGCUUCUGAUGGCUGUCAAGGAUUUCGAUCCUCACUGUGGAGAUCCCGCCUAUACCAUGAGCAUUGUGGACUUGCUUCUUGAAUGUGUUGAACUGUCAUAUAGACCGGAGGCUGGCGGUAUCAGACUUAGGGAAGACUUUCAUAAUGCUCAUGGGUAUCACUUCCUUGUCCAGUUUGCUUUGACCCUGUCAAAGAAUAGAGGUGGCCAGACUUUCAAUUCCAGAAAUUCUGAUGAUUCUGCCUCAGAUUAUUUAGAUGCAUCUGAGGUGAUGGAUAUAAAGAACUCGAGAGAAAUCGAAGGAAACAACUCACCACCAAGUCUCUCCCCCACCCUUUGUAGACUUCUUGAUGUCAUCAUUAAUUUUGCUCAAACAGGUCCUUCAGAGGCUUCAAAGAGUUAUCAGUCAAAGCCUAAUGGGCAUGGCAGAAGCCGUACUUCAUCCUCUGACAGGUUCACCGAUGAUAUGUGGGAGAAGGAUAAUGAUAAAGUCAGAGAUUUAGAAGCUGUUCAAAUGCUGCAGGAUAUUUUAAUUAAAGCUGAAAGUACAGAACUGCAGGCAGAAGUACUGAAUAGAAUGUUUAAGAUGUUCUCUAGUCAUCUUGACAACUACAAGUUGUGUCAACAAUUGAGAACUGUUCCUCUUUUGAUCCUCAAUAUGGCUGGUUUCCCUUUGUCUCUCCAAGAGAUAAUUCUGAAAAUUCUUGAAUAUGCAGUGACUGUUGUUAAUAUCAUCCCUGAACAAGAACUGCUCUCACUUUGUUGCCUACUGCAACAACCAAUAUCCUCUGAUUUAAAGCAUACAAUCCUGUCCUUUUUCGUGAAACUCUUAUCGUUUGACCAACAGUACAAGAAAAUCCUAAGAGAGGUUGGUGUGCUGGAGGUUCUGUUAGAUGAUUUGAAGCAGCACAAAUUUUUGAUGGGCCCCGAGCAGCUUAGUGGUGAUGAUAGUCAGCUGGAUCGAAAAACAAGCUCCAGUGGCUUUCAGAAGCACUUGGACAGCAAAAAUGCGAUUCUCUCUUCUCCGAAACUCUUAGAAUCUGGUUCUGGGAAACUCCUUCUGUUUGAAGUGGAGGGGACAAUAUCAGUUUCUUGGGAUUGUUUGGUCUCACUAUUGAAGAAAGCAGAAACCAAUCAAGCUUCAUUUCGUUCUGCUAAUGGAGUGGCGAUUGCACUUCCUUUUUUGGCUUCUGAUAUCCACCGUCAAGGUGUCCUUAGGGUAUUAUCUUGUUUGAUUAUUGAGGAUGUCAAACAGGCUCAUGCGGAUGAAUUGGGUGCUGUGGUUGAAAUAUUGAAAAGUGGGAUGGUUACCAGUGCUUCGGGUUCCCAAUACACUCUGCAAGAUGAUGCAAAAUGUGAUGCUUUUGGAGCUGUAUGGCGCAUAUUGGGGCUUAAUAUUUCCGCUCAGAGGGUUUUUGGUGAAGCGACUGGAUUCUCACUUUUAUUGACUACACUUCAUUCUCUUCAGAGUGAUGGGGAGCAGACAAUACAACCAUCAAAAUCCCUUUGCGUGAAGGUGUUCACAUAUAUGAUGCGUGUAAUGACAGCUGGGGUUUCAGAUAAUGCUGUUAACCGGACAAAGCUGCACAUUAUACUAUCUUCACAGACCUUUUAUGAUCUUCUCUCUGAGUCUGGAUUGAUUUGUGUGGAAUGUGAACGUCAACUUAUACAAUUGUUUCUAGAACUUGCUCUGGAAGUAGUUCUUCCACCAUUUUUAGCACCCGAAGUUGCAACAGUAUCUGAUGAUGUUGGAAAUGAAUCAGCUAGUUUUCUUUUGAUUACACCGUCAGGCUCUUUUGUUCCUGACAAGCAACGGAUUUAUAAUGCUGCUGCAAUUAGAGUCCUAAUGCGCGCUUUGCUACUUUUCACGCCGAAGGUGCAACUAGAAUUGCUAAACCUUAUUGAAAAGCUUGCUUGUGCUAGCUCCUUCAAUAAGGAAAAUCUGACUUCUAUAGGUUGUGUGCAACUUCUUUUGGAGAUUAUACAUCCGUUCAUGUCUGGCGCUUCACCUUUGGUUUCUAAUGCCCUGAAGAUUGUGGAAGUUCUUGGUGCCUACAGGUUAUCAGUAUCAGAACUCAGAAUUCUUAUUAGGUUUAUUUUUCAAAUGAGACAUGCAAGUUCUGGUCGUUGUCUUGUUGAGAUGAUGGAAAGGUUGAUUCUUUCGGAGGAUAUGGGUUCGGAAGAUGUUUCUCUUGCACCCUUUGUAGAGUUGGACAUGAGCAAGAUGGGACAUGCUUCCAUUCAAGUGCCAUUGGGGGAAAGGUCAUGGCCUCCUGCUGCCGGUUAUUCCUUUGUUUGUUGGUUUCAGUUCCGAAAUCUUCUAAAAUCAUCGACAAGGGAGACUGAAGCUCCUAAAGCUGGAUCUUACAGAAAGCAUAGUCCCAGUGGUCAACAAGCCCAGGUCCUUCGAAUAUUCUCUGUUGGUGCUGUGGAUCAUGGCAGCAACUUCUAUGCCGAACUUCAUAUUCGGGAUGAUGGGCUUCUAACCCUUUCAACAAGCAAUUCAUCCUCCUUGACUUUUGCUGGUCUGGAAAUGGAGGAAGGCAGGUGGCAUCACCUUGCAGUCGUUCACAGCAAACCAAAUGCUUUGGCCGGAUUAUUUCAAGCUAGUGUUGCUUAUGUGUAUCUUAAUGGAAAGCUAAGGCACACCGGGAGACUUGGAUACUCCCCCUCUCCUGUUGGUAAAUCUCUACAGGUGACAAUUGGGACACCGAUUUCUUGUUCGAGGGUUAGUGAUUUGUCAUGGAAACUCAGGUCAUGCUACCUUUUCGAGGAGGUCCUAUCACCAGGUUCCAUAUGUUUUAUGUACAUUCUCGGAAGAGGGUAUAGAGGGCUUUUCCAGGAUGCCAAUCUGUUGCAAUUUGUUCCGAAUCAGGCAUGUGGUGGGGGCAGCAUGGCUAUUUUAGAUUCUCUAGAUACAGAAUUGCCUCUGACAUCUAAUAAUGCACAAAGGCAAGAGAGUGCUGCUGGCAAACUAGGGAUCUCGAAGGUGGAUCAUAGUGGAAUUGUUUGGGAUUCUGAUAAGUUAGGAAAUCUGUCCCUGCAAUUGUGGGGUAAGAAAUUGAUAUUUGCGUUUGAUGGAACUAGUACAGAAAUGUUUAGAUCAUCUGGAAGUUUAUCGAUGCUGAAUCUAGUCGAUCCCCAGUCUGCUGCUGCUUCUCCUAUUGGCGGAAUACCCCGUUUUGGUCGACUUCAAGGUGAUAUUUAUAUCUGUAAGCAGUGCGUAAUUGGUGAUACAAUCCGCCCAGUUGGUGGCAUGGCUGUUGUGCUUGCACUUGUUGAGGCUGCUGAAACUAGAGAUAUGCUUCACAUGUCAUUGACAUUGCUGGCAUGUGCACUUCAUCAGAAUCCUCAGAACGUGAGAGACAUGCAGAAGUACCGAGGAUACCACUUGCUAGCUCUUUUUCUUCACCGCAGAAUGUCAUUGUUCGACAUGCAAUCACUCGAGAUCUUUUUCCAAAUUGCUGCUUGUGAGGCUUCUUUCUCUGAACCGAGAAAGGUUGGAAGAGUGCAAAAUGCUCUAUCACCUGCUUCCACCAUGAAUGGGACCAACUUUGAAGAACUCAGUUUAUCGAAAUUUCAAGAUGAAUUUUCGUCGGUUGGAUCACAGGCGGAUAUGGAUGAUUUUUCUGUUCCAAAAGAUACUUUUAGUCAUAUUUCAGAGUUGGAACACACCGAUGUCCCCACAGAGACAUCUAACUGCAUUGUUCUGUCUAAUGCUGAUAUGGUUGAGCACGUCUUGUUGGAUUGGACACUCUGGGUGACAGCUCCAGUCCCAAUUCAAAUUUCCUUACUUGGAUUUCUCGAGCAUUUAGUUUCGAUGCAUUGGUAUAGAAAUCACAACCUUACGAUUCUUCGCAGAAUUAAUCUCGUUCAACAUUUACUCGUGACGCUGCAGAGGGGCGAUGUUGAAGUCCCGGUUCUUGAAAAAUUAGUCGUGUUACUUGGCGUGAUUCUGGAAGACGGAUUUCUUCCUUCUGAACUGGAACUCGUGGUUAGGUUUGUGAUUAUGACAUUUGAUCCACCUGACCUGACGUCACAUAGUCAAAUUACGCGUGAACCGAUGGGUAAACAUGUUAUUGUAAGAAAUAUGUUGCUUGAGAUGCUGAUUGACCUCCAGGUGACCAUCCAAUCUGAGGAGCUACUUGAGCAGUGGCAUAAAAUCGUUUCGUCAAAAUUGAUAACUUAUUUUCUUGAUGAGGCUGUUCAUCCUACCAGUAUGAGAUGGAUCAUGACUCUUCUGGGCGUGUGCCUCGCAUCUUCACCUACAUUUGCACUUAAAUUUCGCUCGAGUGGUGGUUAUCAAGGUUUGGCGAGGGUGCUUCCGAGUUUUUAUGAUUCUCCUGAUAUAUAUUACAUUUUAUUUUGUCUGAUGUUUGGAAAGCCUGUAUAUCCAAGACUCCCUGAAGUUCGCAUGCUCGACUUUCACGCGCUCAUGCCUAGCGAUGGCAGUUAUGGAGAAUUGAAAUUCAUAGAACUUCUCGAGUCUGUUAUUGCUAUGGCAAAAUCAACGUUCGACAGACGUACCGAGUUUCUUGAAAGCUGUAUCGACCUCUAUUUUUCCUGUGUCAGGGCUUCACAAGCCGUGAGGAUGGCGAAAGAACUCGUCGUAAAAACCGAAGACAAGAAUUUGAAUGAUGCUGAGGAUAGCAGUAGCUCCCACAAUACCUUCUCUAGCUUGCCUCAUCAAGACCAUGACCAGUCAGCAAAGACCUCUAUCAGUAUAGGAAGCUUCCCCCAGGGAAAUGUCAGUGCUAGUUCAGAAGAUAUGCCUAUUUUUCCAAAUGUUCCAGCAAGCGAUAAACCAGAGACCGAUAUCUCCUCAACACAGCCAGAGUCGAACAAAUCAGAGAAAAAAGACACACAAGCUGUGGAUACUUUUGAUAGAGAAGCCAUUGGCCAAUCAGAGUCGAACAAAUCAGAGAAAAAUACUUUUGAUAACGAAUUCACUUUUCCUGAUGCUAAAAACCGACCAAAUCACCAAAACGAUUCGCAGAGUUCUUUAUCUCUAACAAUUCCUGAAUCCCCGAUUUCAUCCGAGAGAUCUAAUCUCAGGAUCUCUCCCCCCACACCAUCACCUGCUCUGGCAUUGACAUCCUGGCUCGGGGGUUCUACCCGAAAUGACCCCAAAACCCAACCAGCUUCGACUCCUCAGUCCUUGGAUUCAUUUAUAUCCAUGAGUGACACUGCUGAUCCUUCUUCGGAUGUGAAGUCUGCUUCACAGUCUCAAUCCGCAUCAAACAUGAUGUUAGAGAUUAGCGCGAAGCUUCUUCUCGAGGUGGAUGACUGUGGCUAUGGAGGCGGCCCGUGUUCUGCUGGUGCAGCCGCAAUCCUCGAUUUAGUAGCAGAAGUUCUGUCCGGAAUCGUAACCGAGCAGAUGAAAGCCACUCCGAUUGUGGAGGCCGUGUUAGAAAGCGUGCCUCUGCAUGCCGAUUCCGAAUCUGUUCUAGUUUUUCAAGGACUGUGCCUCACCAGAUUAAUGAACUUCCUCGAGAGGCGCCUCUUGCGGGACGACGAGGAAGACGAGAAGAAAUUAGAUAAAAGCCGAUGGUCACUGAACUUAGACGCACUUUCCUGGAUCAUAGUCGAUCGUGUCUACAUGGGAGCUUUUCCCCAGCCAGCUGGCGUGUUGAAAACCCUAGAGUUCUUGUUAUCCAUGUUGCAGUUGGCUAAUAAAGAUGGCCGGGUUGAGGAAGCAGCUCCAGCAGGAAAGGGACUGCUUUCUAUCGGGAGAGGGAGCAGACAGCUCGAUACUUACAUACACGCGCUUUUUAAGAACACGAAUCGGAUGAUAUUGUACUGUUUCCUCCCGACGUUCUUGUUCACCAUAGGGGAAGAUGACCUCCUUUCUCAUCUGGGCUUGCUCGGUGAGCCUCGGAAAAGAGUGUCUCUUCACUCUUCUCCAGAAGAAGAGGGCAACGAUAUCUUCACAGUGCUACAGUUGCUGGUGGCUCACAGGCGGAUUAUAUUCUGCCCGAGUAAUCUCGAAACGGAUCUCAACUGCUGCCUCUGCAUAAACUUGAUCUCUCUCCUCCACGACCACCGACAGAAUGUAAAGAGUACAGCUGUCGAUAUUCUGAAGUAUCUCCUUGUCCAUCGGAGGUCUGCACUCGAGGAGUUUCUCGUCUCUAAAGCAAACCAGGGGCCGUCGUUGAAUGUUUUACACGGCGGUUUUGAUAAGCUCCUGACCGGAAAUCUAUCCGAUUUUUUCGAAUGGCUACACCGUUCGGAGUCGGUUGUGAAGAAAGUGUUGGAGCAGUGUGCCGCGAUUAUGUGGGUACAGUACAUUGCGGGGUCUGCAAAAUUUCCGGGAGUGAGGAUAAAGGGGAUGGAUAGUCGUCGUAAGAGAGAGAUGGGGAGAAAAUCGAGGGACAACUCGAAAUUGGAUCAGAGACAUUGGGAGCAGGUGAAUGAAAGGAGAUUUGCCCUUGAAAUGGUUCGUGACCAUAUGGCUACCGAAUUGCGUGUCAUCCGUCAGGAUAAGUACGGGUGGGUCCUCCAUGCGGAGAGCGAGUGGCAGACUCAUCUCCAGCAACUUAUACACGAGCGCGGAAUAUUCCCGAUUUCGAGAUCCGUGAUGAACCAGGAGGAGCCCGAGUGGCAUCUUUGCCCCAUUGAGGGCCCGUAUAGGAUGAGGAAAAAGCUCGAGCGGUGUAAGCUGAAGAUAGACACCAUCCAGACUGUACUGGAUGGGCAUUUUCUAUUGGGUGAAUCAGAUCUGUCCAAGGAGAAAACGGAAAAUGAAGACGACCCUGCAUGUGAAGGCGAAUCGGAAGGCUUUUUCAAUCUUUUGACCGCCAAGCCCAAGGAUGAAUCGUUUAGUGGUGAAUUGUUUGACGAGUCGACUAUCAAAGAAUCGGAUGAUGCUCGGGAUGUAGCUUUUUCCGGGGUCGGGUGGAAUGAUGAUCGGGAGAGUAGCAUAAACGAAGCCAGUCUAUAUUCUGCUACUGAAUUUGGUGUUAAGUCCAGUGCUCCUUCAACUCUCAGAGCAGAGAGUAUACUGGGGAAGUCUGAGAUAGGUUCUCCUGCACAAUCGUCUUCCUUAAGAAUCGAUGAAGUUAGAGUUUCAGAGGAGAAGUCCGAUAAAGAACUGAACGAUAACGGUGAGUAUCUGAUCAGGCCUUAUCUGGAGCCUCUUGAAAAGAUCAAGUUUAAGUACAACUGUGAAAGGGUUGUCGGCCUCGACAAACAUGACGGUAUAUUUCUUAUCGGAGAACUCUCACUGUACGUGAUCGAGAACUUUUAUAUCGAUGAAUCUGGCUGUAUAUGCGAAAAAGAGAGCGAAGAUGAACUAUCCAUCAUCGAUCAGGCGUUGGGUGUGAAGAAAGAUUUUUCGUGUAGCAUGAUGGAUUCACAAUCCAAAUCGACUUCAUCGUGGGGUGCUACAUCGAAGGCAUAUUCGGGAGGUAGGGCAUGGGCGUACAAUGGUGGUGCCUGGGGCAAGGAAAAAGUCGGGAGCAGUGGUAAUGUGCCUCAUCUUUGGCGUAUGUGGAAGCUCGAUAGCGUGCACGAGCUUCUGAGGCGUGAUUAUCAGCUUCGCCCGGUUGCAAUCGAGAUUUUCAGUAUGGAUGGUUGCAAUGACCUGUUAGUUUUCCACAAAAAGGAGAGAGAAGAAGUUUUCAAGAAUUUGGUGGCCAUGAAUCUUCCCAGAAAUAGCAUUUUAGAUGCAACAAUAUCUGGGUCAACUAAACAAGACGUCAAUGAAGGCAGCCGUCUUUUCAAGGUCAUGGCUAAAUCAUUCUCCAAGAGAUGGCAAAAUGGAGAGAUCAGCAACUUUCAGUAUAUUAUGCAUCUCAACACCUUGGCGGGUCGUGGAUAUAGUGAUCUGACACAGUACCCAGUUUUUCCGUGGGUCCUUGCAGACUACGAAAGUGAGAAUCUCGAUUUGUCAGAUCCAAAAACAUUCCGGAAGCUCGAAAAACCAAUGGGCUGUCAGACACCUGAAGGAGAAGAGGAGUUCCAGAAGAGAUAUGAGAGCUGGGAUGAUCCAGAAGUUCCGAAAUUCCAUUACGGUUCUCAUUAUUCAAGUGCUGGAAUCGUUCUCUUCUAUCUCUUGCGCUUGCCUCCCUUCAGUACCGAGAACCAAAAGCUGCAGGGUGGGCAGUUUGACCAUGCGGACCGUCUUUUCAACAGCAUUCGUGACACCUGGCUGAGUGCUGCUGGUAGAGGCAACACUUCAGAUGUCAAGGAGUUGAUUCCAGAGUUCUUCUAUAUGCCGGAAUUCUUGGAAAACCGGUUCAAUCUCGACUUGGGCGAAAAGCAAUCUGGGGAGAAGGUUGGUGACGUCGUCUUGCCUCCAUGGGCUAAGGGCAGUGCUCGGGAAUUCAUCAAGAAGCAUCGGGAAGCAUUGGAGUCCGAUUAUGAAGCCGUGAACGUUUUCUACCACUACACGUACGAAGGCAGCGUGGACAUCGACUCGGUAACCGACCCUUCCAUGAAAGCCUCGAUCCUGGCCCAGAUCAACCACUUCGGCCAGACCCCUAAACAGCUCUUCCCGAAACCCCACGUCAAGCGUCGAACCGACCGCAAACCCUUCCCCCACCCCCUCCGCCACUCUUCCCAUCUCGUCCCCCACCAAGAGCCCCGCAAAACCCAUUCCCCCAUCUCCCAAAUCGUCUCCCUCGCCGACAAGAUCCUCCUCGCGGGCCCCACGAGCCUCCUCAAGCCCCGAACCUUCACCAAAUACGUCUCGUGGGGUUUUCCCGACCGCACCCUCCGCCUCGUCUCGUACGAGUCCGACCGCCUCAUCUCCACCCACGAGAGCCUCCACGCCGGAGCUCAGAUUCAGUGCGCCGGAGCUUCCCACGACGGACAACUCCUCGUCACCGGAGCCGACGACGGCCUCGUCUGCGUCUGGCGGUUCUCCUCCUCUGGCGGGCCGAGCCACCGCGCCGCCGCCCCACAGCUCCGGCUCGAGAGGGCGCUUUCCGGCCACACGGGACGAGUGACGUGCCUCCACGUCAGCCAGCCAUACAUGAUGGUCGUGAGCGGGUCGGACGACUGCACGGUCAUCGUCUGGGAUCUGAGCUCGCUCGCCUUCGUCCGCCAGCUGCCGGAGUUCCCGGCGCCCGUCUCGGCGGUUUACGUGAACGACCUCACCGGAGAAGUCGUGACGGCCGCCGGAGUGAUGCUCGCCGUCUGGAGCGUCAACGGGGACUGCCUGGCGGCGGUCAACACGUCGCAGCUGCCGUCGGACUUUAUUCUCUCGUUGACCGGAUGCACGUUUUCGGACUGGAUGGAUGCGGAUUGGUAUGUGUCGGGUCAUCAAAGUGGGGCCGUGAAGGUUUGGAGGAUGGUGCACCACACUGAGUCGGGUGGUGGUGGUGGUGGUGUGGGGGGGAGCCCGUCGGCUGGGCUUGGGCUCGGGGGAAAAGUGCCCGAGUAUAGGCUCGUGCUGCAUAAGGUGCUCAAGGCGCAUAAGUUUCCGGUUACGGCAAUACAUUUGUCGAGCGAUCUGAAGCAGUUGCUGAGUGGGGAUUCGGGCGGGCACCUUGUAUCGUGGACGCUGCCCGACGAGAGCUUGAGGGUGGUUUCGAUGAACCAGGGAACGAAAAAAGCUUUUGUUUUGUGCCUGGAAAUGGAUGUGAAAGUUGUGAAAAGCAGGGCUAUGGCGACGCUAAUCCAACCCACAAACUUCAUCUCCACCCCGCCUUCCAAACCCCAACUUCUCAAGACCCCACAUAUACAAACCCACUCAAAAUCAGCCCUUUCAUCACUCACACACAAAUUAUCUCUCAGCAGCUUCAACCAGCCUCUGGAUGAAGCUUAUGCCUCGGCCCUCGAUCACUGUGCCACCCAAAGCUCAUUACCAAUUGGUAAGCAAAUCCACACCCACGUCAUAAAGCGUAACAAAACCCGCGACUUGCAUUUUCUGCGCACUAAGCUCGUGCUCAUGUACGGUAAAUGCGUGUCGUUGUUGGAUGCCCAGCACGUGUUCGAUGAAAUGGCGGAGAGAAGUAUUUUCACCUAUAAUGCCAUGCUCGGUGCUUAUAUCUCGAAUGGGGAGCCUAUGAAAGCAAUCAAAUUGUAUGCUGAGUUGAGGUUAUCGGGUAUUCAUUCAGAUGCCCAUACUUGUAGCUGCAUGUUGAAGGCGUGUUCGCAAGUCGAGGAUAUAUGCUGUGGGAAAGAGAUUCAUGGGUACGCGGUAAAGUCUGGAUUUUUAGGCAAUGGAGUUGUUGUGAACUCGCUGGUGGGUGUAUAUGCACAGUGUGGUGAUUUGAAAUCGGCCGAGCUGUUGUUCGGAGGGGGAAUGAGAUCGGGAGAUGUAGUUUUGUGGAACUUGAUGAUUUCUGCGUAUGUUGAAAAUGGUAUGGCAAGAGAAGCUUGGAAGGCUUUUAUAGAAAUGCAGGAUGCUGAUGUCGCCCCAAGCACGUACACAUUUGUUGCUGUUCUUCAGGCCUGUGAGGACCUUCUGUCCGGGAUGCAAACUCAUGCUGUCGGGAUAAAAUCAGCUCUCUGUUUUGACCGGUAUGUUGGUAAUGCUCUUCUCGUCAUGUACUCCAAAUUCGGCAGAGUAAACGAGGCGGCCAGAAUUUUUCAUGGUAUUGGUCAUAAGGACAACUUUUCUUGGAACUCGAUGUUGGAUGCUUACGUGGAAAACGGGCUUUACGACGAAUCGCUCGAUUUUUUCCAUGAGAUGAUUAGAUCAGGCAAGGGACCCGACCAAGUCUCUGUCAUCAGUGUUCUCUCAGCUUGUGGAAAAUCGAGAAAUAUUUUAAACGGAAUGGAAACUCACGCUUUCGCUCUGAAGAACGGGAUGGGAUCUGGACUUGAAGUGGGCAACACGAUCACGGACAUGUACGCAAAGUGCCGUAACACAGGUUAUAUGGAGACCUCGUUUUCAAGAAUUACCGAAAAAGAUUACAUUUCAUGGACGACAGUCCAAUCCGGUUACAUUCAGAACUUUCAUUACACAAAAGGUGUGCAAUCGUUAAGGGAAGCGCUUCUAGAAGGGAUUCGUGUCGAUAAAACGAUGCUCGGGAGUGUUCUCCUAGCUUGUCGGGGCCUUAAAUGUGUCUCGCUAGCAAAAGAGAUCCAUUGCUACGUAGUGAGAAAUAAUUUAUCCGAUAUCGUGCUUCAAAACACUAUUGUUGACAUAUAUGGACAGUGCGAACAAAUGGGUUACGCUCGAAACGUAUUUAAACUAAUAGAAAAUAAAGACGUCGUUUCUUGGACGAGCAUGAUCGAUUGUCACGUCCACAACGGACAUGCACACGAUGCUCUCCGACUUUCUACUCAAAUGGUGAAAUCGGGCAUCGAGCUGGACCCGGUUGCACUCUUGUGUGUUCUCUCGGCCAUCACGAAUUUAUCGGCUUUAAGGAAAGGCAAAGAGAUUCACGCCUUCUUGAUUCGAAACUGCCUUCACUUAUGGGAAUCCAUCCCGAGCUCGCUCGUCGAUAUGUACGCCAGCUGUGGCGCCGUCGAUAGCUCGAUCAAGGUUUUCGAUUCUGUCGAGGACGAUAAAGAUUUGGUUCUGUGGACGAGCAUGAUCAAUGCGCACGGAUUGCACGGCCAGGGCACGAAAGCCCUCGAAUUAUUCGAAAAAAUGGAGGGAAAAAAAAGCCUUGAUGAGAUUGUGGAGAGAUUAGAGAUGUUUGGGGGUUACAGAGCUCAGACGAGCCAUGAGUUGCAUGAUGUCUGGUGA